GGCCGGCAUCUAAGCGUAAUCCACACACAUCUCCACAGCUGUCUCACCAAAGCAGUCACAACAGCACAAUCUCCCGGUGCGAAAGUGUCAGCAGCUUAUCCAGCGAUUUCAGAAUGACUCCCAUUUCCGUCGGCUCCAGUCGAGGACCCUCUCCUCUCACACUCGGAAUCUCAGACGCCGUUCCCAUCGCUAUUGCACUCCAAGAGUCAGUCAGCGCCUGCUUUAAGGGCACCGACGAAACCAAAUGUCAGGUUCAAGUGAUCGGCAGUUUGAAAAUGGCGUUCCCGGCGGGCAUUGUUCAGGCGUUUGCUAACAAUCCAUACGCCUCUCCACUCACUUUCAAACUCAAUAAGUCCUCAAAAUUGGAGAAUAUUUAUCCCAACAAAGAAUUGUUAAUUGAAAGUUCAGAGUCUUUAAGACCCAUUACAAGUGAUUCUUCGAGUUUUGAAGUGAAUAUGUCUGCACUCAUGUCACACAUCCGUCGUCUCUACGAACAGUCACCCAAUUCUCGCUAUUAUAAUAUCGAUGUUUUGAAAUACCAAAUGCGUUGUCUUCAGGGGGCGAAGAGUACACCUUUACAGCUGGUCUCGUACUGGAAGUGUGAGCCACAGACCACUAGUUUGAAAGUGGAUUACAAA